UGUCAGUAGUGUUCACUAUUUUCAGAUAUCUGAAGUGAAUGGUCAAAAGAUCACUGGAGUGAGAAUGUUUCCUCUUUGCAGAAAUUUUACAUGUCAGCUUAAACUAGGAUAUUUGACCAAGUCAUGGAAUGUUUCCAGUGUUGCCUCACAGUAUGUGAACACAGAUCAUCUUACUAGAAGAAAAUUCUCAGCAUUGUCUAGUCAUCCAUCACAUCUGGAACUAAAGAAAUGUCAAAACAGUCCAUUGUAUGUGGCAAACAGUAAAAGGAACUUGGAAUACAAUUUGUUUUCUAACCUUAUUUAUGUCGCACAACAACAAUUUAACCUUGCCAAUCAAUUCACUGGUUUAGAUUGGUGGUUGACUAUUAUUUUGUGUUCGGUGCCAUUACGUACAGCAAUAGCCUAUUUUAUAACAGUAAAAAAAGCCGAGUUUGACAAACAUAACAGGUAUAUAACUCAAGCAUUUCUAGAGCCAGAGAUUUCAAGGAUAAAGAGAGACAUACAGGGAGGAAACUAUAGGCAUCUCAGUGCAGCAGACAAAAAAAAAGUGCAUUCCAAACAAAUGAGAAUAUCCUAUAGAAAAAUAUGUAAGGAGCAUAACCAUAACCCUUGGAAACUGCUAAUUUAUGGUUUUGCCCCAUUGCCAUAUUGGGCGGCUAAUAGUCUAGCGUUACGAAAGAUAAGUGGUGCACCCAUGCCUUCGUGGCUAGGUGAAUCAGGUAUAUGUAUAUGUCCAGAUAUGACUACUGGAGGAAUGCUUUGGUUUACAAAUCUAUGUGAACAUGAUCCUUACCAUGUUUUAUCAGUGAUAACUGGAUUAUCUUUCUUAUUUGCUAUAGAGGUGAGUUCCUUUUUUUUUCAAUUACUAUAAGAUUUGGCAAAUUUG